AGCUAGCGAAACAUGAUCAUUGAUCCGAUACAGGAAAAACAUAAAUAAAGCGCGCUCUCUCUUUUUCUCUCUCUGCUGUUUGCUGCAGAUUGGAGUUGGAAACAAUUUUGCUAUUCUUAGAUUUUGAGGUACGAUGGAGAGAGUCCGCAUGGGAUUGAGCUCUAAGGAUUCAGUUGCUGUAAUUAAAGAAGAAAUUGUACAAGACUGCAAAGAUUCUGGAUUCACCAAUAGUUCAGGAGUUCAAUUGCUGUUGUCAAACGAGGAGACCACCCUCCCUCAUUUUGCAUCCUCCAAAUCUGAACAACACCAAACACUGUCAGAAAUGAAGUCAGAUCCUCUUGCAUCUCCUGGAGUCGUUGCAAAAUCUGCUGCAGACUUAUUUGAUGCUAGCCAAAAACAACGAUCAGGCAAUAUUCAGAAGUACAUAAAUUAUGAUGUGCAGCAGCACUCAGUUCUUCCUUCCAUGACCAAUCGUUUUUACAAAACUCAUUUUAUGGGUUCUGGUCAGAAGUUUGAGGAUGCUACCAAGAAGCAACAAUUUCUCUGCGAGAUUCCUCCCACUGCUUCUGUGUUUGGGACAACCAAACAAUGGUUUCAUUCUAAGGCUUCUGCUGCUCCUGCUCAGUUGACAAUCUUUUAUGCUGGAAAAGUGAAUGUCUUUGACGAAAUCUCCCCAGAGAAGGCUCAGGCGAUUAUACUUUUGGCUGGAAAUGGUUGUGUCUCAUCUAACAUGGCUCAACCAAGACUGUCCGUUGAUACACUUACCUCCAAAGUUGCAGCAGCUGAUGGAGCAUUGGUGAACCAAAGCAUGAAUGUGACACGUUGCUCUGUUCUCUCAAGUCCUGUAUCUGUUUCCUCUCAUCCUAUUGAUCAGUCUAGAAGUACACCCGCUUCAAACAAUGAAGACGUCAAGGUAUCUAAUUCCCUUGGCUUCUCAGCCAAUAUUGUUAGCGAAGCUGAGCCUCCAAGAAGGGUAACAUCACUAGGAUCUAUAGCUGCAACAGAGAUAAUAUCAUCUGCUGCUCCACAGGCACGCAAAGCAUCCCUGGCUCGCUUUUUCGAGAAACGCAAGGAGAGGGCUAUGAACUCGGCACCAUACAACCUCUGUAAGAAAGUUGCUGAUGCUGAUCGUGCCACCCCAGAGUCAGGUGAUUUUGGCUACUCAGCUACUUCUGAUGUGCCGGGCUCUAUUUCUGUGUCUACCUUCAAAGAAUCUAGUACUGAAAUCUGAGAAUUUAACUUGGAACUUUCUUUGAUGCAUAUUAUAUGUAGCAAGCAAAUCUCUAGGCUUUUAAGUUUGCUUGACUUACUAAAGUUUGUAAUCUGAAAUUGUUUGCUAUAUAUUGAUUUGACCUAUGCUUAGCAACAUAGAAUUAAUCAAGAUUUAACUUUUAUGUAUUCUUUCCUAUUUAAGAUUCUGGAAUAUUACCAAGAUUUUAUCUCCUG